CGACAGCAACAGCAAUUUAAUUAUUAUUAUUAUUAUUACUAUUAUUAAUUAGAAAAAAAAAAAAAAUGGAUUUGAAAAUUUUUUUUUUUUUCCUUUCUAUCAUCGUCGCAUCGACGAUGACCUCGGGCGAAUCAAUGAAUUCUUCUCCAGUCGGUUUAAUGAAUUCAAACAGAGUUUUUGAUUUGAAACAAGUUCACAAUCAAGAUUCAUCAAUUUUGAAUCGUGGUAAAAGAUCAAACGUUGAAGAACCCGAAAAUUUAAAUUUUAAACCGAAGGAAGAUUCAAACGAAACUAGGCUCAGUCCGCCACCGCCGAAAAACAAGAAUAAAAGUAGAACGAAAUUAAGAGUUUUUCACUUGGGCUAACAGACAAACUAGCUAACAGUCAUACAAUCAAACAAACAAAUAAAAAUAAAUAAUUAAAUAAUUAAAUAAUAAUUAAUAAAAAAAAAUUUUUUGAUUAACCAAAUCACCGGACGACGAAUAUAGUAACAACGAUGAUCAUCAUCACCACCAUCGUCAUAUUAUUAGUAUUAUUGUUAUUAUUUACACAAAAAUUUUUUAAAAUAUCCUUUUCCUUGUUUCAAAAUUAACCCGUUUAAUAUUAUCAUUAUCAUUAUUAUUAUUAAUAUUACAAAUAGUCUUGUAAAAUAAUUUAAUCGCGUCGCACAAAAAAACGAAAAAAAUGUCUUCCGUUAAUCUUAUCGUUAUAAUAAUCCGGCAAACAAACAAACAAACAAUUUAUAAA